CGCAGUAUAUUAAAAAGACGCCAUGCCCAAGCGCAAGCGCGACGAGGCGCGGGGCGGCGGCGAGGAGCGGGGCGCGUCGAGCCACCUGCUCGCGGCGAACAAGGACCUCGGGCAGAACUUUUUGAAGAACCCGGCCAUCGUCGACGCCAUCGUCGAGCGCGCGAAGCUCCAGCCGACGGACAGCGUGCUCGAGAUCGGCCCCGGCACGGGCAACCUCACGGUGAAGCUCCUCGCGCAGGCGAAGAAGCUCACGUGCGUCGAGUUCGACCGGCGCAUGGUCCGCGAGGUCGCCAAGCGCGUGGAGAACGACCCGCGCAAGCACCGCCUCGAGAUGGUCCACGGCGACGUGCUCAAGGUCGCGCUGCCCUACUUCGACGUCUGCGUCGCGAACCUGCCGUACAACAUCUCGUCGCCGUUCCUCUUCAAGCUCCUCGCGCACCGGCCCCACUUCCGGUCCGCGGUCAUCAUGUUCCAGGAGGAGUUCGCCCAGCGGCUGUCGGCGAAGCCCGGCGACGCGCUCUACUGCCGCCUCAGCGUGAACACGCAGCUCCUCGCCAAGGUCACGCAGCUCAUCAAGGUCGGCCGCAACAACUUCCGGCCGCCGCCCAAGGUCGACUCGCGCGUCGUCAAGAUCGAGGUGCGCAACCCGCCGCCGCCCGUCAACUUCGUCGAGUGGGACGGCCUCGUGAAGCUCUGCUUCAACCGCAAGAACAAGACGCUCCGGUCCACGUUCACGAACAAGAAGACGCUCGCGGAUCUCGAGACGUCCUGGAAGACGUUCCGGGCGCUGUCCAUGACCGACGCCGACGAGGCCGCGGACGCGCCGGACGUCAAGGCCCUCGUCGAGGCCAUCAUGGAGGACCCGCGCUUCAAGGACAAGCGCGCGGCGAAGAUGGACCUCGACGACUUCCUCGCGCUCCUCGUCGCCUUCAACGAGAAGGGCCUGCAUUUUAGCUCGUAACAGCGGGGUCCGGGCACG